CAAUAGCCUAAGCGCCCUAGCCUAGCCUAGCCAACCCCCUUCCUUCCUCCUCUCCUCGCGGCUCGACGCGAGACCCAGCCACCCGCCGCCGGCUGCGUCUCCCUUCUUCUCACCCACCGUCGCGGCGGCGGAGCGAGGGGGACGAGGCGGGGGACAGCACAAGGCAGGCAAGAUUCGAGAGGCCGGCGGAGCCAAGCGGAGGGCGCCAGCCUCGUCGUCGUCGUCUUCUUCCGCCGCGCGGCCCGGCCGCUGCCGGCGCAGGGAGGCGCCCCCGCCGCCGCCGCCGCCACCGCCACCGCCUCCGCGGGGGGAGAUGGGGGUCGACUACUACAAGGUCCUCGGCGUCGACCGCGGCGCCGGGGACGACGACCUCAAGAAGGCCUACCACAAGCUCGCCAUGCGGUGGCACCCCGACAAGAACCCCACCAACAACAAGAAGGAGGCCGAGGCCAAGUUCAAGCAGAUCUCCGAGGCCUACGAGGUCCUUAGUGAUCCCCAGAAACGCACAAUCUAUGAUCAGGUAGGGGAAGAAGGGCUCAAGGGGCAGCCGCCCCCUGGUGCGGGAGGUCCUGGAGCAUCUCCCUUCUACCCUGGUGGUGCCCAUUCCAACUCUUUUCACUUCAACCCAAGGAGUGCAGACGACAUUUUUGCCGAGUUCUUUGGAUUCCGUGGUCCUUUCUCUAGCAUGGGUGGCAUGCCAAGUGUAAGUGGAGGCAUGAGAGGGGACCCAAGGUUCCCAGGGUUUGGCAAUGAAUAUUUCUCUUCACGCUUUGGUGGUGAGGGUUCCACCAGUAUGCAUCAGCCGUCACACCAACUAGCGAAACCUCCGCCCAUUGAGAACCGGCUUCCAGUCAGCCUUGCAGAUCUGUACAAGGGUGUAACAAAAAAGAUGAAGAUCUCAAGAGAGAUUAUAGACUUCAACGGGAGAGUUUCACAGCAGGAGGAAAUUUUGCAGAUAGAAGUAAAGCCAGGUUGGAAGAGGGGGACAAAGAUCACUUUUGAAGAGAAGGGGAAUCAAGCUCCAAACAUGAAACCUGCUGAUAUUGUUUUCAUAAUUGAGGAGAAGCCCCAUGACAUUUUCACCAGGGAGGGAAAUGAUCUUGUUAUAACGGAGAAAAUAUCUUUGGUGGAAGCGCUUACUGGGUAUACUGCACGUAUCAUUACACUUGAUGCGCGAAGUCUGUCAGUGCCCAUUAAUUCAGUCAUCCAUCCUGACUAUGUGGAGGUGGUCCCUGGAGAAGGCAUGCCUAAUCCAAAAGGGCCCAAUAAGAAGGGAGAUCUGAAGAUUAAAUUCAACAUCAGGUUCCCUUCCAGGUUGACAUCUGAUCAAAAAGCAGGGUUCAAAAGGCUCUUGGGUUCUUGAGCCUGUUUGAACGAAUUUCGUAAAAGUGACUGUGAAUAUUGGCGGUACCUAGCGAGGUAGAUUUCUAUUGGUUCUGGGGGACAAAAGGCAAGAAGUUAGAAAAAAGAAAGAUGAUUUCAUAACAUAUCAGUAAUAGGUUGUUAUGUUGUUUUUUAUCCCCAUAAUUUACUGAUGGUUUGACAUGUGCUAUACCAUGCUAUGGCUUUUUGAUUGCUCUUCCUCUUGGCUACCUGCGGGUUGCAGGGUACACACAACUACACAAGGUGAGGCUCCAUUUGGAACCUGUUUUUUUUCUUUAAAAUAUAUUUCUUGAGGCAAUUACUGCUUCCAUAUGAAUCCUGUAAAAUCAUGCAUUGCAAGUAGGCACCGCUCUUGAGUCUGGCAAGGGUUAUGCCUCCUUUGAAUCGCAGGCUGUUUUUAGAAUUUUUAUAGAAAUAUGUUGAUUUCCCAUAUGAAUCAGGGGAAAAAAUUGUGCGCUCCAAAAUGUUAGCCUCAGAGGAAAUUUUACUCCUGCCGUGCUGCCCUAGUUUUUAGAAAAUUUUAGCUUGUCUCGUGGUUUGCCGAAAUUCAGAGUUUUCUUUUGGAGUUAUCUAGGUCCUACCGUGAGAAGAUGAGUUCGAUCCCUGAUAAAUAUCUUGGGAAUUUUUUUUCGCGAACGCAAAAAUCUUCGGAAAUGUUAGGUUAUAACUUAAAAUCAGUUCUUUGGAUUUGUAUGAGAACCGUCGGCGUCACGGGCAGGCAAGUUGAAAAGUAUGUUUUCCUUGAUCGUUGUAUCAAAGCUAUGUGUAACCGGCUUUACGCAAAUCACAGUUCUAAAGUACGAUGUCAUUUGGCUAAAGAAGCGGAUGAAUCCUAUACUCGAGGGCAGAAAUACAAAAGUAUAUAGAGUUUGUUUUUAAACUCAAAAGUAUAUCGAGUUAAACUUGUGGGGACGGAGUAACUAGUGGCAACAGGUUAGGUUCACGCCACAUCGGCACUACUGACGAUUUCCAUUUCCAAAAACACAACAUCCUCACUUCCUCAGAGCCAACAAAGACAAGGUCACAGACACGAAUAACAUUCUCGGUUAUUACAUACAAAAUGAAAAGCUUUUCCAAGUAUGAGCGUUUAUUUCUACACAUUUGGGCUCUCUCGACAAUCAACUGAUGAUAACCAAUCUUACCACCGCAAUAUGCUGUUCAACACCAGACUAGGAACAAUUUGACCAAAUAACCCCAAAAGCAAAAACAAGAUACGCAAGAAGAAGACGCCAUGAUCCUCGCCCAUGUUGUCCCUGAGGCGAGUAAAACUAACGCACGCACCGCAGCCACCUUGCCAUAUUCACAGAAACCACCUCAUCAUGCACUCUUCGCCUGUACCAAAUCAAGAUAAGCAAUUAAAAUGAUAAACACUUUUCUCAUGCCCAGUUUACUUCUUACUCUGAUAAAUAUAUUCAAUUAUAGAACUACUAUCAAAUCCAUGUCCAUUCUGUAUUGUUGAAUCCCCUUGAGCUUGAGGGUUAAAAUAUCAUGAAUACAUGGAAUAGUGCACAAAAAAUAACUCCAUGUUUGGUUUCUUUAUAACCAUGAUGUACUGAGGGUCAGAGGCUGUCAAUCAGACAAUCAUACAAUUGUUACUUUCAUUUCUAAACAGGAAUAGCUGUCUUUUAUGUGGUAACUGGGAAAAAUGUUGGCAUUCAAAAAUUCAACAAAUAUUCAAUCUAAGGGUGGAAUGCUACUUUAGUUUUCCUUUAAUGUUGGUCUGUUGGAUAAACCAUGUCUCAGUAUCCAAAGUGCAGUAAAAAUUGGACUACCAAAGCAACCAACAAAGUGUUUACAUAAUAGGCUUUCAAAAUUAUUUCAGUUAUUUUUAGAAACUUAGUGCCAUCAAUUAUGUGCAAUUGCAGCUAUAUUGCAAAUUUGCAAUAAAAAAAAAACAAUCAUAACAUUUUUUUUAUACAUGUAUUCACAUGUAGGAGAUAUUGUAAUGAACUUACCCUUUUCUCCUCUUCGAUCUUAGCCUUGAUGUACGAGUAGAUGGCAACACCAGCUAUGGCAAUGCAAGUACCAAUUCCAGUCUGUGUGGUAAUUCUGUUGCCUGUUUAACAUAUGAUUUACCAAGUGUUAGGCUAGGCAUAAACACAUCAAACAAAAAAUGCAACGAACAUAACAAAUUUGUAAUUUUCAAUUCGUAAAGGCAUGGGGGAAAAAUUACUUACCAAAAACAAUGAUGGAGAAUCCAAUGACGAAAACCCUUUUCAACACAUUGCCAACGGCAUGCGUCAGAGGGGCCACUCGCUCCAGAGUGUUUGUAG